AGCCAUUUUUGAGGGGUGGCAUCUUCAUCUUCUUCCUUCCACUUCCCACCCAACUCCCCAAUUCGUUAUUGCUUCAAAAACAAGUCUUCAAUUUGUCCCCCUCUCUCUAAUCUAUAAGUAGUUAGAGACGUCCAUUCCCCAAUUCAAGAAACAAAUACACAAAAUACAACAGUUCCAAUUCCCUCCAUCUCCAAGCUAAGAUCUGGGCGCGUGACGUAUAAUUACUUCCAUAUAUUCCACAUAAACAAGUCCAUGGCCAGUCCGAAAUUGAAGGCGCCGGUGGCGAUCAUAAGCAAGCUGUACUGCUCGCCGUCUCAGGUGGUGCUGACGGUCAGAAAACGGCCCCAAACCGUCACCGGCGGCGGGUUCGUGGUGACGGAGGAUUCGACCCAGAGUGUCGUUUUUCGGGUGGAAGGCUGCGGGGUGCUGGGAUCGCAAGGGGAACUCAUCGUCCGCGACCGCGCCGGAGACGCCUUGCUCCUCAUCCGUCGCAAGGAAGGCGUGGUCCAGGCGCUGAGCAUUAACAGGAAGUGGAAAGGCUACAGUUUUGAUUACGAAGGGAUCAAGAAGCUGGUGUUCAAGCUGAAGGAGCCCAAUUCGUGCUUGGGCCGGACCAGCGCGAUCCGGAUCUCGACGGAGCCCAGGAGGUCCAGCGGCGGGGACUGGGAUUUCGAGGUCCAGGGCCGGUUCCCGGAGAAAGCCUGCACCAUUGUGGAUCAUUUGGGCCGCAUCAUGGCCCAGAUUGGAGUGGAGAAAGGGAUGAGAAACAUGGAUUUGUACUACGUGGUGGUGAAGCCCGGAGUGGAUCAAGCGUUUGUGUUCGGAGUGAUUGCGGUGCUUGACAAUAUUUACGGUGAAUCCACGGCCUGUUAGAAAUUUCAAAUUGUUUAUUUAUCGACUAAGGAAUCUGAUGGGGAGAAGAACGGCACGGAAUUGGGAACCCACCGAACCAAGGAAUUCUAUUCGAAAAUCUAUUGUUUCUUCCUUCUUUUUUUUUUUUCCACCUUCUUCCUUUGUAAAGCAAGCUAGUGGCUAGUAAAUUGACUGCUGCUGCUUUUGCUUUUCUUGUUUCAUUGAUUCAAUGCAUCUUUCUUGUUUGGAAGUGUGGUUAAAUCUUUGCACAUAGUUUUACCGUGAUUGGAUAUGAAGAUUGCGUUUUUUUUUAAUACAUAUCUCAAAAAAGAAAAAAAGAAAAAAUUUAUGUUAAUAUCCGAUGUUGUUGGACUUGCAUGAUUUCAAUUUCUUUAAAUAUCGUGUUAACCUUAUCUUUUUCGAAUUUUGGAUUUUUAUCGAUGUGCAAAGAUUUGAAAUCUGACAUAUCAUUUAAGUUAACAUAAAUUGCCACAAAAAUUUGAGAGAGAAAUGUAUUCGACUUUGAAAUUGGAGGGGAUCAUUUUAAUAAAAUAAUCCAGUAACUUUCAUUAGAAUCUAGUAAUUUCAAUAAACUUUAUCAGCUAAUCAAGUAAACUUCAUUAGAAAUUAUUUAUUAUUAAUCAAAUUAAUCAUGGUCAAUGUAGUCAAAACUAUGUUUUAAAGCUUACGUUUUAACACUUAUUUGUCAUCAAAAUGAUUCGACGUAUAAUUGUACUUUUGACUACAUUAAUCACAGUUAACAUUUUGCAGUAAAAAGAGAUAAAUGUAUUAAUAUAGAAUAUAUACUCAAUAUAUCAAGUUGUUUUACGAGCCAUGACUCACCACCUAUCACCAUGGUCCACGAAACUGUAUCGAGACCGUACCGGAAAAGUUAGCAGUAAAGUAUUUUAUAGUAAAAUCGUGGUUUAACCGUAGUUCAACGGUAAGUACCGUCAAAUGCCACCUACCACUUUAGCCUCCUACACUGCGUAUCACUUACCCACAUUAUAUGAGCUACAUAAAAAAUGCCUCACACCCAUCCGUCAUAUCCGGUCAAAUAUAUAUUGAGUGAGUUCUAAUUGGGUGGAUUCAUAGUUCCCAUUGACUGGCCAAUUGCACAUCAUAAGCUUAACAAAGAAGCAACACGUGGACAAUUCUUUUUUUAUCUUUCUUUCUAUUGAGAACAAUGCAUCUAUUUUCUCUUGUUUAAAUCAGUUCAUUUAUUAGAUUGUUUAACCAAUAAACUACAUCGAGCAAUUUUCUUUUAUGUGUAUAGAAGAACUAUGAAAAUGAUUUCUUAGAAUAAUUAGUCGCUUAAUGACUAGAAAAUUAGUAUGCAGUGCACAAAAUUUGUUUCAGUAAAUGCGAAAAAUUAGC